UUUGGUCUUUGCUUGAAAAUCAUUCAUGAUUGACUGCGAGAAUAAAAUCUCACAGUUCGUCGAUUAGAAGUCUGUUCGGCAUCAGAAAGGCCUCUAAAGUAAUAGAAAGUCUGCGACAAUGCUACCACCGGCUCUGAACAUCCCAAAAUGGCUCGAAGAAAACUCACAUCUCCUUCAACCACCAGUGAAUAAUUACUGCGUCUAUCACCCCUCCUCCCCCGCGACAGCGGGAUACACGGUCAUGAUCGUUGGGGGCCCAAAUGCCCGCACGGACUAUCACAUCAACACGACCCCAGAAUUUUUCUAUCAGUAUCGAGGCUCCAUGCUUCUAAAGACAGCUGAUACAUCCGUCUCUCCUCCCGUCUUCCAGGAUAUCCCCAUCCAUGAAGGGUCGAUCUUCCUACUGCCCGCCAACACCCCGCACUGCCCUGUGCGGUUCAAGGACACAGUCGGUGUGGUGAUGGAGCAGCCUCGGCCCAAAGACGCAGUUGAUACGAUGCUGUGGUUCUGCAAGAAGUGUGGGGAGGUUGUCUGGGAGAAGCGGUUUGUGUGUACCGAUUUGGGGACACAGGUGAAGGAGGUGGUCGAGGAAUUUGCUGCUGAUGAGAAGAAACGGACUUGCAAGAGAUGUGGGACCAUUGCGGAAACGCGAUAUCAAGAAGGGGAGAUUGUACAGCCACCUAGGUUUCUGGAGUGAUUGGGUUUCUACUUUCUAACCUGUAGGCGGGACGAAAACGGGGCCCGGGGAAACCGGACGAUGAGUAGUGUACUUAUAUGUAGUUGUUCAAGCGCUGUAUUCGGACAAUUUCCAAUUUGUACAUUGAUUUGAUGAGACCGACACAGGUCGUUGGCCC